CGAAGCUUCUCUCGAGCGCUGCUGCUUCUCUUUCAAGGAGAAAGCUACGAUUGUUUGCUGAGCCUGCACGUGAGAGCUUCCAUCUAGCUAAGCCUUCUUUCAUUAUCUCUUCCUCUCGUUAUUUGUUUCUCGCCUCAUUCUCCUCGUCUUCUUCUCGUCGGGUCUACUUCUACCUCCGUUUUUCGUCACCACCGCCAUGUCAAGAUAUGCGUUGAUAUCGCUGCCCCAGAGCGCGUUCGACUCUGGGGACCGCGAUGAGGCUAUCUCGUCCCUAAGUGCGACAAUAACGUCCGACAAUGGCUCUGUGCUGCCGUUUAGCAUCCCCGACUUCAAAAUCGGAACUCUAGACCUGCUCGUCCAGCAAGCCGAUGACUUGGCCAAGCUCGAGGGUGCGUGCCAGUCAGUCGUCGCCAAGGUUGCGGAUUCCUUGCGCACGGUGCUCAACAAUGACGAGGACCGGAUGGCCUCGUACAAGAUGGUCAACGAUAAGCCGACCGAUCACUAUCUGCGCAACUUUAGCUGGAACAAGAUGAGAUACCGAGCCGACAAGCCCAUUGCUGAUCUCAUCGGCACUCUUCAGAAGGAGCUCAACACAGUCGACAACGACGUCAAGUCCAAGUUCAACCAGUACAACGCCGUCAAGACAAAUCUUGCACAGCUCCAAAGGAGACAGACUGGCACCCUCGCGACGAAAUCUCUCACCCCAAUCGUAAAGCCAUCCCUGCUCGUUCAAGACUCAGAGUACCUUGAAACUCACCUCAUUGCCGUGCCGACGAAUGCGAAGAAAGAUUUUAUUAAGAGCUACGAAACCCUCGCACCCAUGGUGGUGCCUCGAUCGUCCGUAGAGAUCGACCACGACGAUGAGUUCACGCUGUUCGCCGUCGUGACUUUUAAGAAGCAUAGCGCCGAGUUUGUCCACAAGUGCCGAGAGCAGAAGUGGACACCUCGUCAGUACAAAUAUGUCGAAGGCGGCCGCGAAGAAGAGCAGCGAGAGCUGGAUCGUGUGACCAACGAAGAGCGCAAGGUCUGUGGCGAAGCUCUGCGCAUGGGAAGGACUGGAUGGAGCGAAAGUGUCAUGAUUUGGGUGCAUGUCCUUACCUUGCGCGUCUUUGUUGAGGCUGUAUUGCGAUACGGAUUGCCGCUGGACUAUGCCACAGCUCUGAUCAAGACAACACCGAAGCUGGCCCCCAAGGCAAAGGCAGCGUUGGACUCAAAGUACUCAUACCUGGGCGGAAAUGCGUUCGGAAGGGAUAAGCACGGUAGGGUCACGAAAGACGAUGCUGCCCUUAGCUCAGAGAUGGCCGCGGCGGGAUUAGGGACCGGCGAAGGAAACGAGUACACGGCUUUUGUUUAUUAUGAGGCUGAAUUUCCCUGAAGCGGAUAUAGAGAGAAUUUCUUUCUAAAAGCGUCAUGCGCCUGUAUUCUAUGUUUGUCGGUUCAACUUUCUUCUAAAGACUUUUAAAGACAAUGUUUCACAUUUUCCGUUUCCCUCUUCUUCUCUAUCAAUCAAUCAAUCAACCUUCUAAGACCUUCUAGGAAAGAGGUCUAGAGUGACAAAGGCAAAUAGCAUCUACAGCCCAUUAACCAUGGGUGUCCUCAUCUUACACUUGAAUCCCAAUAUGACUUUUGUUACUGCAUUUUCGUUAUUUUUAUUGUUGCUUUUUUAAUUCUUGACCUCUGCGCUCUUAAUGUAGCCCUUUUCACUGAGCCAGUUUGUGAUCUGCGCAACGCAUUCCUCGACGGUAUUCUCGUGAGUCUUGAUUGUAAUCUCGGCGUUCAAAGGCUCCUCAUACGGCGCAGAGAUGCCAGUGAACUCCUUGAUCUCGCCAGCGCGGGCCUUUUUGUACAGGCCCUUGGGGUCGCGCUGCUCAGCCACUUCGAGGGGCACGUCGACAAAAACCUCGAUAAAGGGAAUGGGCUCGUCGGCGUCCUGGUUGGUCUGGGCGUGCAGCUGGCGCGCAAGAUCGCGGUCGGCGCGGUAGGGCGAGAUGAAGGAGGUGAUGGCAAUGGUGGCCGAGUCGGCAAAGAGCUUGGCGACCUCGCCGAUGCGGCGGAUGUUCUCGUUGCGGUCGGCCUCGGAGAAGCCCAGGUCCUUGUUGAGGCCGAAGCGCACGUUAUCGCCGUCGAGGCGGUAGGCGGAGAGGCCCAGGUGCAGGAGGUGCUGCUCCAGGGCGGUGGCGACGGUGGACUUGCCCGAGGCGGAGAGGCCCGUCAGCCAGAUUGUGAGGCCGCGCUGGGAGCGCAGCUGGUUGCGCUCGCGGCGGGAGAGGGACGGAUGCCAGGUGAUGUUGGUGGCCAUUGUGUAUAUGAGACGGGAUUUAACAAGGAAAAUGGAAUUCCAAUGAGAUACGUCGCUUGUUUAACAAAGACAGAAAAAUAAAGUAGAUAAAAAAAGACGAUGGGGAGAAAGUCAAUGGAAAGAGGUGUGGAAAUAAGAGUUGCGAUAUAUAAAGGGAUGGACGGUUUAAUGGCGAUAUGCGAGAUGGGCGAUCAUUCUGCAUGCGUACGUACCUACUUCCACCAUGACAUUUCGGGCCCUCGCCGUCAUCGCCAGCCGUUAUUUCUUCUCCGCGUACUGCUAGUACUAACAAAAAAAAUAAGUUACAAUCUAGUCUAGACAAGAAAAAAACCCACACUCAACCCCAUAUAAAGGCAGCUUUUCUAGAGAUCGUUGGGCAAACUACGCCAAGGGGGAUGAUGUGCUCAUUGAGGAGGCUGAUGGCGACAGCCCGAAACCGCCGACUUCCGCUGUGUGAUCCCCGCUGUUUUUUAUGCUAAAAGGCUUUUUUCUUCCUUCUUUGUAAGCAGUAUAGCUACCUACCUGGCAUGUCGUUUCACUGAUGAUGAGUCUCUAUGUGGUUGUUUUAUGCCAAUGUAAAGCAUCAAAAAGGCUCGGUUCUUCCUAAUCGCUGUAAAAGACAAUCCUUCGUCUACUCUAAACCUCUAGGUACUAACAAGUACCCUCUAUUAUCUCAUAUGUACAACGUAUAUCCUCAUGUAAUGUAUCUGAUAACUCUGUGUGUAUAUCCGAUGCCUCCUGUCGCUUUCUCCCAGGAAUAAAAGUAAAAUGAUUAAAAGAGCAAUGCAAGUCAAAGCAAAGUAAAAAAGAAAGAUGCCGCGUUCCUAAUCUCCAGCCACCGCAUCGUCAGCCCGACCAAUCUCGCCCGCUCUCAGCAGUCCGCUAUUCCAUAUAAAUGCUUAUACAAUUGAGGGCAUCAAGGCUGCAUACUUGGGCGAGAUGAACAGUCCCUUCGCCUCGACCAACACCGUCGGCUUCUCGCCCGGCUCCGGCAACGUCUCGAUGCUUCCCACAGACCACGCCUUGCGUCCCUCGACCUUUGUCGUCGUUCCGCGAAGCACCAGGAAGCUAUUCGCCGGCGUCGGCUUGCGAUAGUUGACCUCCAGGUUGGCCGUCACGGCAAUGUUGUGCGGCAGCGCGCCAAAGCAUCCCCGCGCCAUGCCUUCGUCCAGCAUCGUCGCCAGGAACCCUCCGUGGACAAGGCCCGGGUGGCCGCAGACCUGGUCGCCGAUGUAGGUGAUGCUGACAAUGGACUUUCCGCCGUCUUCGAUGAAUGCGAUUGGAGGGACCACCAUCUUGCCGUUGCCCUGCAGGACGCCGGCGGUGAGGCUCUGGUUGCGGAUGCCAUUCGCCAUCUUGAGGUGCGGCCGCGACUCCUUGAACUCGGGCCGUGAUCGCAGUUCCUUGACCAGCGGGUGGUUGUUGAUUGUGUCUUCGAUGCGCUGGAUCUCGUCGGUGUCGGGCACAAACAGCUUCGAAGUCUCGGCGUCUGUGAAGUGAGAAAAGCCCUGCUGUACCAUCGAGUACCAUGUUGCUGCUGCUCCGAUGCUUCCAAAUGCGACGCCGUAGAGGAUUAGGCCGAGACCUCGUCCGACUCGUCCCUUGGGAGCUGCCGCGGCCUGUGCAGCCUCAGCAUAGCAUCGUCGCUGACCGGCCCCUUUGAUCGCAGCAAGCGGCGACUGUUGGCCACUUCGAGCGAUCUGACCGAUUCGGCGCCCGCCACGAGCAACUUGUUGACCAAACAUUCUGCCAAAUAUCUCUUUUCUCUCUCUCUUUUCUCCUUAAUCCCAACUUUCGUCGCACGUCCCCUCUAAUAAAAGAAACAAGACAAAAAGAACAAC